UCACACCUCAUGCUAUAAUGACCUGGACUCUGUCUGAGCUCUGAGAAUUAAACAUAGCUUACUCUUAAUAAUUUUACUAAAUAAAAAGUCAUAUUCUGACUACAGAAGUGGAUUGUAUAUCAACUAAAACCAUUUGGAUAUAAUAACCUCUGAUACCAUAAUUGCAUUUUUUCCCGGGAAAUCAAGUGGAUUCAAACAUUAAAAUUCAAAGGAGAUUUAUACAUUUGAACAGCAGACUGAUGCAGUUAACCAGUUUUUCAAAUGCUUGACGACAGAAGGACGUGAUAAUCCAUUGAAAUGGAGUAAAUUUUGGGGGUAAAGCGCUGUUUUGACAGGAUUGAUCUCUGGAUGUAUAACCUAAUAAUAUAAUCUGUGCUGAUGGGACAGAUCAGGCUCGGCUGAGAUGAGAGUAAGAUGAAGGUCUGGGCUGUGAUGUUGGUCUGGGCAUUAACUCUAAGCUGUGUGUUCACCAGUAAGCUGGUUCUCCAGAACCCAAAGCGAACCUCACAAUCUCGCCCAUCAGAACCACACAAAAAUCUGGAUCUCAUUUCUCACAGAUCACAGAGAAACGCUUACAGUCAAGAUCCUUUCAGACCUCACGCGAACAAACAUCUGGACCAACCGGCACACUCAGAUAUCAUUUACAGAAUGAAAAGAUCUCCAAAACAGAGAGGUGCAAAACGUAAGAGACCGAGCGGUGAGAAGAAAGGAAGAGGAGCGGGAGUUUGUGCUCUCAGACGGGUUCAGAUGAAAGUUUCUGAUCUGGGUUUGGGCUACAAGAGUCAAGAGGAGCUGAUCUACAGUUAUUGCAGUGGUGUGUGUAUAAACUCUCUCACAAACUAUGACAAAAUCCUCAACAGCCUCACGGCCAACGAUAAAACCCGCCUGCUUUACUCCCCUCCCACCGCCUGCUGUCGACCAAUCGAAUUUGAUGAUGACCUGUCAUUUUUGGAUGACAACUUGAUAUAUCACACCAUGGAGAAGCAUUCGGCACGGAAAUGUGGAUGUGUCUAGACCAACUGUGCUGAGACACUGUGCUAAGUCACUAACUAAAUGAACAACUUUAGUAACCAGCUGAAUUACAUCUUUGUUUUUUCUUUAACAUUGUCUAAUCUGGUGCUGAAAACCUUAGCGUAUUACUAAAAGCUUGACAUCUCAGCGUUUUACCUCUUUUUUAAUAUUCGAACAUCAGGGAAAUGUUUUGGUGAAUCAAAUUGUUGGUAAUGUUAUUUUUUUACAUAAUUUAUAUCAUGUUUUGUUAACCUGGAAUGUUAGUGUAUUAGAUUAAUUCAGAACUAGGCCUUAUUAGUUAUAUAUCUAUAUACAAACAUUUACAAAAGAAAUAUUGGUGUAAAAAUUA